AUGUCUAAUAAAAAGGCAGAAUAUGAUUAUACAAUCAAUAUUAUUAAAAGAUUUGACUUUUAUGGUUUAUUUAAUGAUUCGGAUAUAAAUCGUUCUAAAGAAUUUGAAUUUCUAAUUGAAAAUCAACUUGAUCUUCAACUUUUACCAAAUGAUACAAUUACUCUAUUUUUUCAAAAUUCUGAUGUUAACAAAAAAAUAAUGACAUAUUUAUUAAUCAGAAUUAUGAUUGAUGGUAAAACAGAACGUCAAGUUGGAAUAUUUAUUGUUCAAAUCAAAUUAAAUGAAAAUCAACAAAGAAAUAAUUUAGCAUGGAAAGGUAAUACUGAUCAAGUAUUUCAUUAUGAUGAUAUAAUAACAAUUUAUGGGAAAGAAAAACAAUUUGAUGUUUUUGUUGAUAAUCAACCUUAUGCUGUGUAUUAUCAAUAA